AAGCCCUGGGUUUUCUCAAACGGCCGAGAAGCAAGUGAUGAUCAUCGCCAUCGACAACAGCGAGCACAGCGCUUACGCAUUGGAGUGGACACUCGAUACCUCUACAAACCUAGGCUCUCAGUUUUCUCAAAUGGCAGAGAAGCAAGUGAUGAUCGUCGUCGUCAAUGAUAGCGAGCAUAACGCCUAUGUGCUGGAGUGGACACUCGAUCACUUCUUCAUUCCUCUAGGUGAUAGUGCCUUGUUCAAUCUUGUCAUCGUUCACGCCAAACCUUUUGCUACUACUGUUGUUGGCCUUCUACUUUUUCUCUCAAACCCAGAUCUGGUGAAAAUCGUCGAAAUGGAGACCGAGGUGCCUCUCGUCGCCACCACCUCCACAGCUGCCUCAUCUCAAGAGAGACAAUACCAUUCAAUCUUUGACCUUCUAGAUGACUUCUUUGACUCAUGGUGCUUACUCUCUCCAUCUCUCUUGACUUCAGUGUUCGAGCCUGAUAACUAGCGAAGAAUAAGGUAUGUUUUAGCUUUAAUUUGUAUUUGGUGUUUUCAAUUGACUUUUGGAUCUCUUUGUGCUGAUUUGAACGAAUUUUAGCUGAGUUAGAGCCUGUUUAUUAGCAAUAUUGUGAUGAGUUUAUUGGGUUUGGUACAUCGAGUACAAUGUUUUGUUUUUGAUUUCUUGUAUGGAUUUGGAGAUGUGAGAUAAUUAUUGAAGUUACGGUUAUAUUUUAUGUGUUUCUCGUGAUUGCUUUUUAGUGUUUGGAAUCAAGACUACCAUUCACUGAUUGUGAAUUUGGGGGAAAGUGAAACCCUAGAAUUUUGCUUCUGAGUUUUGGUGCAUUACUUUACCAUAGAUGACUUUGGAUAGCUUUGUUGCUUAUAUUUAAUAUAAUGGAAUGAUUUGU